GUUAGCUCUCAGGCAAAGGCGGAAAAUCUGGCUUCGAGAAUCGUCCAAUCCGUCCGUGAUGAAGAGGAUGACGAUGCCAUCUUCGCAGAGCUCGAGGCUGAAAUUGAGAACGACGACGACCCCGGGGUCAGAGAGAAAGGCUAUGCAUAUGUGAAGAAAGAGUUGGAAAAGGUCAAGGAAAUGCAGCAGAGUGCGCAUGGCCGUUACGUUGAGAUCACGAACGAGAAGGAGGUUAUACAAAUAAGUGCGAAUGAGCCACGAUGUGUGAUACACUUCUACCAUUCGAAUUUCCGCAGAUGUGAAAUCAUGGACAAACAUCUGGCCAAAUUAGCACCAAAAUACUUCAAUACGCGUUUCAUACGCGUCUUCGUAGAGAAUGUCCCUUUCCUGGUGGAAAGAUUGGGCAUCAAAGUUCUCCCUUGUGUUAUGUGUUUCAUUGACGGGGUGUCCAAGGACAAACUCGUAGGCUUCGAAGAGCUCGGGAACGUUGAUGCCUUUGAGACGGCUGCCCUGGAACUUAGGUUGUCCAACAGCGGUACGUCUUCAUCCAAUUGGUCACUCGUCACUCUAAUCAACUGCCAAAGGUGCCUUGAAAAAGGCGAAUCAAUUCGAGUCCAAUAUCACAUAUAA